AUGGCAUCGCCGUUCUUCAACGCAAUGCGCACUUUCCAGCAGGGAAUGUGCAAGCAAUGCGCCGCGUCAUUCACCCGCCGAACAUUCGCAUCCCUCCCGCAAAAUCUCAAGUCGGAGACCCGAUCAACGCCCAUCACAAGCGCAUUCGCGAAACGAACGAGAGAAUCGCCUAUACCGAGAUGCCAGCCAUCGCGAACCUUCGUCUCGACGCCCAAGCGCUCCGUAGCGAAAACUGUAGAAGAAGCAAAGACAAAGCACAAACUAGGCCCCUUCUCCUGGCAAGCCGGGAUCCUCUUCCUCCUCGCCGGCUUCGGCCUAACGCUCUACUUCCGCUACGAAAAAGCGCGCAUCUCCCGCCUCCGCAUCGCCGAAGCGAACAAAGGUAUCGGCAAACCCCUUGUCGGCGGGCCCUUCACCCUCACCGACAUGCACGGCCGCAUCUUCACCGACGCGGACCUCAAGGGCAAGUACAGCCUCGUGUACUUCGGCUUCACGCACUGUCCGGAUAUCUGCCCCGAAGAGCUGGAUAAGAUGGCGGGCAUGAUUGAUCGGGUGAAGGAGAAGCAUGGGAAGGGGGUUUUGAGGCCUGUGUUUAUUAGUUGUGAUCCUGCGAGGGAUACGCCCGAGGUGAUUCAGCGGUAUCUGGCGGAGUUUCAUGGGGAUAUCUUGGGCAUGACGGGGUCGUGGCAGGAGGUGAAGGAUGUGUGUAAGGUGUAUCGGGUGUAUUUUUCGACUCCGCCGGAUGUCAAGCCUGGGCAGGAUUAUUUGGUGGAUCAUAGUAUUUACUUUUAUUUGAUGGAUCCUGAAGGUGACUUUGUUGAGGCCAUUGGACGAAACUUCACCGUUGAUGCGGCGGCGAAGGUCAUCAAUGACCAUAUCUCGGACUGGAAAGGGAAGAUCGAUCGGUCAUGA